GCUCGAUACGGCUGAAAUUAAAAUUUAUGAUUUACUGAUUGAUUGGUGCUUUUAUCCCAAACCGAUUUCAUAGUGUAAUAUAAAUGUAUAAUAAUAAUAAUAUGACUUUUGUGGAUAAAUACAGUGACAAAAAAUGAUGGUUUUUAAUGGAUUCUCUCUUUCCUAGUGGUGUUGAGUCCACGAUCUUCUUUUAGUCGAAUGAUAAAAUGCAGGAGCGAUAAAGAAAAAAACAACUUUUCUGACGACUUUUUCAUAAAAGAGAAUAAGAGGGAGAAUAUUUAUGUGGUUCUGAUUCUCUCAGCGUACAGUUUAGGAGGAAACUAAGCAUCUUUACAUUCUGACGGAACCAUGAAAUUACUAAACAACAAAGAGCAGCAAAUAGAAGAUAGCAUCAGAGAUGCGCUGGACAAAAGGGUCAAAGCGACCCUCAAGAGGAUGGUCAAGAUGGAUACAAGGGGAGACAAAAGUGAAAACAGAGUCCUGGUAUUCUCUCAGCACAGGCUCUACAUUUUCACUGCUAAAGUUCCUUCAAGGAUGGAAAACAACUUUCAUUUCUUGGACAUUCAGGGCAUCGAGAGUAAGAAAACGAAUCAGAUGACUGUGACCAUUGACGGCAAGUCGUAUGUGUUCAGCUCCAUUGAACCAAUGUCUGAUGAGAUGGACCACAUCAUAACGCACAUUGGCAUCAGUCUCAAACAGAUCUUUCCAGCAUUCCCUCUUGAACGACUCAUCAUAAAGCUAGAUGUGCAGCCAUCGGACAGGCUGAAGACGAUGUACGACAUGAUUCACAACCUGGAGAGCAAGGAUCCGGGGCCGUGUGGGGGCUUCACCGCCAUGUACAACUGUAUGUGUGAUUACCACAACCUGCCCAUCAGGGAUGAGGUCUCAUGGGAUGUAGACACAAUCUACUUGUCUCAUGACACAAGAAUUCUGAGACUGCAAGAUUUUGAUCAUUUGCUUGGAAAGGAUCUGGUGCCGAUCAUUGGAGCCUUGGAACACAACACUUGGUUUAAGGGAAUCAAUGCCAGCAAUGUGAAACUGACUGUAGAGGCCUGCAACGAGCUGGUGAAGGUGAUGAGGAGAAACUCUGUGAUUGAAGAGGUCAACUUGAGCAACACGGGGAUCAAAGUAGAAUUCCUUCAGAAGUUUUCCACGGCAGUCAUAUCUAACGGAGGAACACAGCUCAGCAACAUUGAUCUGUCAAACAACCUGCUUGAGGACAAAGGAGUGACCCACCUCUUUGGUGCUAUCAAAACCCUUCCCUGUGGUCUGAGCCACUUCGACCUCUCCCGGACUGGUAUUUCUAGUCGGUGUCUGAACAAAGUGGGCGAGGUGCUGUCCCAGUCACCCAAUGUUUUGGCUUCUCUCUCGACGCUGAAACUCAAUGACAACGGCUUCAAAGGAGAAGAUUUUCCGAUGCUCUACACAUGUCUAGCUCAGCCCAGUGCCAUCUCCUACCUGGAUCUGUCUUUCACAGACUGUGCUUUGGACUCGCUGUGUGACCCUUUGUUGCGGGGCUGUCCCAAUCUGAGCACCUUGAGGGCGUCCCGCUGUGUGUUCAGCCACAAGCGCUCCAAGGACGUGGUGGUGCCGCAGUCCUGGAAGAUGUUGUUUGCCUCCAUCUGCUGCUUGGAAUACCUGGAUCUGUCUUCCUGCAAACUGCCGCCAGAGGCUUUCAAGGACAUGCUGCUCGGCCUGUCCAGCAACAGGAACAUCAAGGCCCUGUAUGCUGACCUGAGCAGCAAUGACUUUGGGACCGCUGGCUCCUAUGUGAUGGCUUCCUGUAUCGCAGCUAUGACCAACAUCAGCGGCCUUGACCUCAGCAAUAACGGUUUUGAUUUGGAUAUCAGGACUCUUCUGCCAGAACUGGCUAAAAACACUUCGCUUAAACAAUUGUCAAUUGGGAGGAAUUUUGCUAACAUCAAACCAAAGCAUAUGCAAGAAGUGAUGAAUGCCUUAGUGUCACUUAUACAGGAGGACGAGUCUAAUUUGGAGUCGUUGUCCUUAGCUGACUCUAAGUUAAAGACGGACACCACUUAUGUGAUCAACGCUUUAGGCAGCAACAAUACCUUACAAGAGAUUGAUCUCAGUGGGAACCUUCUAGGAGAUGUUGGGGCCCGCUUGUUGGCCAAAGCCUUGCUCAUCAACACUCGUCUGAGGAAGGUGGUGUGGGAUCGCAACAACAUCUCUGCGCAAGGCUAUGAAGAUGUGGCUGAGGCGCUCACAAAAAAUUUGACUUUGAGGAAAAUGCCUUUCCCGGUGAAUGAUGCAGCAGUUGCUCUCAGGAUGGUUCCCGACCGAACUGAAGUUGCUCUACAGAAGAUUGAGUCUCUGCUACAGAGGAACCACAGCCCUCAUCGGUUUGCCUCUGACCAGGCCUACAGACUCCAGCAGGGCUUCCUCAUCAGCUCCACGCAGCAGAUGGUGGAUCGGUUAACUGUUCAGGUCCAAGACACAGUGAAUGCUCUCCGCAGUCUGGGCACCCUGGAUGUGUUUGCUUCUGACUUGGACUCUGCAGAGAAACUGGUCUCUGACGCCAACAAUUCCAGACAGCUACUGCCCGGUCUGCAGGACAUUGCUCUGAAAUCUCAGGCUUCUGGUAACCCAGUGGAUGUCCAGUUACAGCAAAUGGCUGACCGCCUCAGACAGGCUAUUGAGGAACAAAAUUUGAAAACCACAGAGAAGAUGCUGAAAUGUGCGUCAAACCAUUGCCCUGCUCUCAUGAAGAAUGAGUCGUUUCAAGCCAGUAUCAAAGAGGGGUGUCAAUCAAAAAGCAGUUUACCAAAGGAUUUCACAAAAGGAAUUUUGGAGGGACCAAGCACAGACAUUCAUAAUACAACCAGUGAGAUGAACUUGGAGAUGGCUGCUCUCAUCUCAGACAGUGUGGUGGACGAGGUGAUUGAGUCGCUUUCCAGUACGCACAAGACCUUGACUAACCACCUGAACCUCAGGAAAAGUGGCCACUACAAAGAGAAAUCCAUCAAAGAGAAGGCAGAGGAAACCGAGGCAAGCAAGACAAAGUCUUCAGCAGAGCAGGACGUCGGUCAUAAAGGAAGAAGAUGAUGUCGAAGAUGAUUCACCUUUAUAUCAAAAUUAUCUCUUAGCUGCAGGAGACGAAGUGCUAGUGGCAGCAGCAGGCAAAAGUAUAGAGGAGAAGGCAGCAGAACUGAGCAAGCUGGAUGAGAAGAGCAAUGAGAGCACUCCAUUGGGUUCUGUGGAGCAGCUGGAUGGUUUUGGGGAGUUGCCAGUGAUGAGCUCUCGACCUUUGGAGCACGUGACGAAGGCCCGACCGCGGAGGGAGAAGGCACACAGACCCACCCGACCCGUGCUGGCGACAGGCUCGACAAGUUUGGACGAAGGCCCCGACAACAACAAGAACCAUGCUGCCACUGCUGCUGCUCCAGCCCCCGCCCCCACCGUCACACUGCCCAGCAAGGGGAAAGAGGAGACAACUGCCUCAACCUCACAGAAAUCAGAGCCAGCCAAGCCGGAGGAGACCAGUGUCAAGUCAGAAGGAAAGAAGUGGUCACCAAUGAGUCUGAUAAAAGGCAAAAACAAGGAAGAAAAAUCUGAGAAAGAAUCGAAAAAGAGCCAGUCAUUUUCGUCCAGUUUUUCCAGCAUCUUCAAGAAAAAGGAUGACAAGAAACGUACAGGCUCUGAGAGCUCAGCUCCCAAGGCGGAACCAGUGCCCGAGCAGCCCGCUGAACCGCUAGCUCCGAUCAAAGAUAUCCAGGAGGAGAGAUCCAUGUCCUUGAAGGAGGGGAGGAAGCUCAGCUGUGACCAGCCUCCUCCUGAGGCUGUGAGAGAAGUGGAGCAAGCUGCCCCGCUGGUCGCGCCUCCGAGGAACACCUCCAAGGCAGCAGCCUCAGCUGUAGUAGCAGACGCAGAGGAAAAACCAGCAGACAGACCGCUGAAAGUCCCACGGGAGAAGCCCAAUCCUGAUAGGCCUGCCUUGUUGCCGCCCAGUCGCGUCGUGGAGCCGAAGGCACCCACUUUGGCCACCGAAGAAGAUACCAGUCUAGAUGGGGAGAAUAAAGUCGCGGAGAAUCGCAAGUCUGGUGGGGUUGAGGAGGAGUCGGAGAAACCUGACACGGUCCCCAAGCUUCCUGCGGGACUGGCAAAGGUCGGGGGCCUCGGUGCCUUAGGAGGACGCAACUUGUUGCAGGAGAUGAAACAGAGACAGGAGAAGCGCUUCUCCAAGGUGGAGACCUCUCCUCAAGAGGAAUCCAAAGAACCAGUUCCGGAUUCCCCCAAGUCCCCAGAAACAAACAACAACAUCAGCGGCAGCACCCAAAAAAGCGAGCCCGGUGAAAAGAGCAGGUCGGCCGUUCCGUCAAAGCCUCUGCCGCUGAAACCGGAGGUGGUGAAGAAGGAACCGGCGGCAGACCAACAAACCCCUCCAGAACCCGUUGCCGCCACUCCCAGCCCACCCCCGAAACCAGCCUCAUCGCCCACACUGUCCGCCACCAAAGUGCCCUCUGUCGCCGCCCCGGCCCCCGCUCCUCGCGUCCUCCUCCCUCCCAAACGUCCGCUGUCCACGGUGGAGACCAAACCCCGGCAGUCCAUGGAGAUCCCGCGCAGCAUGACCACCUCCACCCCGGAAGUGCUGCUCGACGACUCCGCACCCAGCUCUUCCAAAGAUACCGCAGCAGCUCCUGUUCCAGCAGCGAGGCCACGCCCUCCUCCUCCGAUCAAACCUCGACCUCCCGUGCUUCCCAGACCCCGUAAACAGGAUGUAGAGGACACGACAGCACCCAAGCCUUCUGCACCGGGGUCAGAGGUUACCUCCCCAACCUCUCCAAAGCCAGACUCUGCACUACCGGAGCUGAAGAAAGAAGCACCAGAGGUGAAGAAAGAAGCACCAGAGGUGAAGAAAGAAGCACCAGAGGUGAAGAAAGAAGACAACGUCACUCCGACUCCUCCUCCCGUGUCACAACCCAGCGAUACUCCGCCUGAGGUAACAGGAAACACGGCAGCCUCAGAUUCAUCGCCGUCAGAUGCCCCGGAUGACAGCGGUAUAGUCUAUGACUCGGCGACCUUGAGGCUUUCGGUCAAGGAUAAAAUCAAACGUCUGAGACAAAGCCAGGUCUUGCCCCCGACUGCUGGCUCGGAUAGUUCAGCCGCCGUGCAGCUGGCGAAACAAAAGGCCAUGUCGUUACCCAAAGAUGCCAAAUUGCCUGACACCAUUCCAGAAGAUUCAAACUCAUCUGAAAAUGAUUCCAGUCCAGUGACGAAGGAAAGAUCAUCUCCAAUCAGCGAAGAAGACGACUCCAUAGACUCAGGGGAGCCGCAGCAACAGGCUCCAGCGAUAGUUGCUCCAGAGGAUGAGAUUAUGGUGUAGGUUUGUGGUCGUCGCUCGGCCCGUCGGGGCCCUGGUGCUCCUCCUCGUUGGAUGGAUGGAGGGAGGGACACAGUUGUUUGGCUGUUGUUCUUCGCCUCCAAUUGUCAUGCGUGAUGGGAACCAAGCGUUUUUUUUUUUUAUGUUAACUUUACAUUGAUUAGAAGUGGGGUGUACUCUGAUUCGACACCGUCCUGGUUUUUCGCAAAAUUAUAUUGUAGUCAGAGAAAACUUGCAUAAUUUGUCUCUAGAUUUGACAUCACUUUGAUGCGGCACGACUUGAGAGACCCUAAUCGAUCUUGUUAUUUUUUGGGGUUGAACAUGACAAUCAACGGAAGAUAAGAAACAUUUUUAUUAAAAGUUUGGAAUGAGGUAUUAUCAUUUCUUUGAUGAUCAUAGCAACAUCUCUUAUGUAACUCCAGCUUUUGAAUUGUUAAUUUGUUUAAAGGAGUGUUAAAUAAGUUCAACCGUACACUUUUGAAUCUUGACUGUAUUGUGUCGCAAGUGCCGUAAACUCUUACUAAAACUAAAAACUAACCACUCUUCAUUGGUUCAUAUUAUAAUCAACAAAAUUGCUUGUGGGAUCAUGUCUUGUAGAGGUCCAAGUUUAUUGAGUGUUUUUUCUUUUGAUAAGUCUUAGCCUCACUUUUUGACCCGACCCGAUCCAUCCCUGACUAGUUGAAUAAGUGUACUCCCCACUUCUUGUUUUUUUCAGUGAUUCAAGAAGAUUUUGAUAAAUGGUUGCUGUUUAUUGAUUGGGUGAAGCAUUUUAAGCCCAGAAUGUGCAAUUGCAGGUUGUUAAAUAUCUUUGAUUGAUAUUAUUCCAAUUACUUGUAUUACUUCUGUGCACUGAUGUAUAACUGUUUGUAGUAUUCUCUGUCUGUUGAUUGCUUUCGUGAUUCAAAAGAAGAAGGAGGGAUUGUGAUGAUGUGGUGAAGGAUGACUGCGGUUGGAAGAAUACGGGAAAAUAUUGUAGUAGAGAUAGACUUCAGGCAGGUCUUUCUGGACGUUAACUAUUGCAGUCCUUUUUCACGGUAAUCUAAAUGUAAAAAUGAAUAUGUAUAAACCGUAACUUUUGCUGGCUGGAAAGGGUUUUUUGGGAUGACUGUUGCUCAUAUGUGUCGAACUUUGGAUUCAAAUAGAAUUAUUAGGGAAACUAUUCUAGGGGGGAAGCAAUAACAAAAGUUAGAAGGAGGGUUAUAUUGAGAGUCUUGUAGUUCUGAUAUCUAUUCAAAUUAAACCAGAUAUUCCCCCCACUGUUUUCACCUUCUUUCACUUCUCUGCUCAGAUUCACAUGCACAUUAAAAUAUAAUCUUUGCUUUUUGUUUGUUUUAUAGGCUGCUUUUGAUUUGAAGGGUUUGGAAUAUUUGGCUUCCACCACAACCUGGCAAUGGUGGUGAUGUGGUGUGAGGUGGGGGGUUUUUUGUUUUGUUUUUGGGAUUAUUUUUUUUUUUCUGCUUUGUAGUUGUCAUAAGGAUUAGUUGAUCAGCUUAAGAACCUUUUAUAAAUUGGAUAUUUUUCUCUGCUUAGUGGUGGUAGACAGGACUCGAGUCCUUUCUUUUUUAAAGUGGCACGAAUAGAGAAUUAUGAGCAGUAUAGAUGUUUCAAAAAGUCAUGAUAAACACGUGAGAAUUGAAUUUUCCCAUGAAAUUUUUGCAGUAUUAGUACCUAUAUGCUCGUAAGAAAUCUUUUGACAACAACCUCCCCCAAUCUGUUCGGAUGUCCAUUGUAAAACUAUCAGUAUAGUUGUUCGUUUAUAUGCUCUUCCCUACUACUUGGCGUUUGUAGUUACCAGAUGCACUUUCUGAGAAAACAGUGAGUAAUUCGCAAGUAGCGUAAAUGCUAAUCCUAAAUGUUUUAUUUGCGUGUAACAUUGUAUCAUGGUUUAGAUUCAUUCCUAUUUGUAUCUUGUAAAAUCCAGCAGCUAAUUAUGUGCCAUUUACAAAUUGCAUUUGUGGAUGCUUGCGACUCAUGAUCUUUGUAGUGUAUGGGAACAAAAAUGGUGCAAUCAUGACAAUUGUUUUCUUCUAGUAUGAAAAAUAUGUGACCAAUUUCGUAAUACACUUCUUCUCACUUUCCUUAGGAAACACUGACUGCAGUUUUGCUUGAUACAAUGUGAGUUUUAAAAAUCAAUUCAAAAGAAGUUUAUUUUGUUAUGUGGCACAUGUUAAAGAAAAUUCUUUUUUUUUUUUUAAGAAACACAUAAAGUUUGUGUUUUUCUUUGUAGUGGAACCAGAACUUUUAUCCCCUAUUUUAAUGACAAGACUUCUUGCUUAUCUGGAAAUUCAUAUGCAAUUGAAGAUUAUACUUUUAGUCUUGAGCAGACAAUCAGCACCGAUGAAGACACAGCUAAGUAACCAUUUUACUAACUUAGUUACUUCAAUAUAGAGGGGCACCAAAGUACAAUAACUCUUUACUGACCAACCCUCGUGGCGUUCAAGUUGGAACCCUCGGAACGUCGCUUAUGCUAUUACAAUCCAACCUAGUUUUGUUGACGUUGUUUGUAUCUGUCCAUUUGAAAUACUUUCUAUUUUCAUAUGUGUAUUCUUGGAGGGCACCACUGGUACGACCUUCUUUUAUUUAACUAUCCGUCUAAGUAAUAUUCUGUCUGUCUUGUCUUGCCCUUUCCCCUAUUUCCUGUGAAAGAGAAUUGUUGUCGUCAUGUUGAUGUAUUUUUCUUGAACUCCGGAGGUGUGUUGUCAAGCGAGAGUAAUCAAAGAAAUAAGGAUCAGCUUAAGAGGAACACUACACAUUGAGUCUUGUAUUGUCAUGUGCCUUCUGUUACUGAGCAUUUUGUUUUUCUUGAAGAUCUGAUUCUUUUUGAUUUGAUUCAGAAUUUUUAUACUGAUUUACUCAUAAACAUGGUGUCUUGAUUUAUAAAGACGGAUCAAUCAACUGUAAAUUAUGACAGUAUGUAUUGAUGUUGAAGAAUAAUAAUGUACAAUAAGCGAAUCGUGUGAAAGUGUCGGGAAAUGAUUGGAUGUGAGUGAAUUUGAUUACGGAAAUAUCCAUGUCCCUGUUCUUAGUUGAUGUUUAAUAAGAGGGAACGAAUAAGAUUAGACAAUUAAGAACAUGGGGUAUAUGUAGUAUGGAAUGUUUAAGGCAGAAUCUUACAAAGAUGCUAUGUGGAGGCUGCUAUGUUUUCAUUUCAAUGUUUUCCUCAUAAUAAAGUUAAUGUGCUUAUGUUUAUAAUCCAGCGUCCCCCUCCAGUGCUCACUUGAUUUCGCUGAAACUCCUUCAUCAGCUGAUUCGUUCCAAAAAUGCGGUAUCGCUUUCUGGAAGGCUCUUGUGUUUCAGUGCUUGGACCCAUACUACUCUCUCUCUUUCUUUCUAAAGUGGCGGGUGUGCAGGGGAAAAUAAGAUGGAAGUUUUUUUUCCUAAGAAUACAAUAGAGGUGAGAUUGUAACUUGCAACCUUUUGACUGAAAUUCUGAACAUUACUCGUUCAUAUGGACACCCUCAACAGAGUUCAUUCCAUUCUGUGAGAUGAAAUCUUUUUCGGAAUCUUGUUUUCACACCUGGCGUUUCCUUUUGUUUGUAUUCUGUUGUUGUUAAAACCCGUUAAUUUGAGCUGUGAGGAUUACUUUUGCAAUGUUCAUUGUUAGAUGUUUUGUUGAGGAACACACUUUUGGAAUAAUGACUGCAAGUACAGACUACUGCAGCUCCUGUUUUUUAGUAUUGAUAAAUACCUCAUGAUUUCCAAAUAAGAAAUAUUUAUGUCUUCUUUACUUUUCAAGUGCAUAAUGUAGAGUAUAUCCCUUCUGCUUCUAAUUUGUUGGAAAAAAAAAUAAUCAAGUUGACAUUUGGCGUCUUUCAUCAUUUUCCGUCAAAGCAUUGGCUUUCUGGCAUAUGUACUGUACUUCUCAUCAUCUUUAUUAUUAUUAUUUGUGUUAUUAUUGCUACUGUUGUUGUUAUCUAGAUUAUUUAUCAAUUGCUAAAUAAGUUGAGUUUUACUUCCUUUUCGACAAAAUAAGGCCAUUUCAGAGUCUGGGCAACAGCCUUAUUACUUAAAAUAAACUUGUUCAGGGAAACAGUGGGAUUCAGACUCAAGGCCUUCCCAUUUUAAGAUUGGCACAUUACUACUUUGCGACGGACAUCCUUUGUAUUUAUUAUUCUGUUAAUUUUUGCUAUUUUCUUUUCUUUUUCUCUCAGGGAAUGCCAUUGUAAUAUCUUAUGAUAAUUUUCCCAGUGUAUUCUGAUGGAAAUAUAUCUCUCUGAAUCUGUAGAAUCUAAUAUAUUGAAAUAAAAUUUGAGAAUGUCAGAUUUGAUCAAAUAUGAACAAUAACAAAAACAACCUAAGUAAUUUGUUGUGAAAAAAGUGCUCCCGCUUGUAUGUAAUAAUCUUGCUGGAGGCAUCAUUUGUUUCCUUUUUCUUUUUUGACAUAUGGUUAGUCUGAAUGAAUCGUGGAUACCUUUAAGAUUUGUAUAGUUAUUCUUUAAUGAUGUAAAAGAUUUUUUAUUUUUAUUUUUUUGGAGUUGUGCUGGGCUCUUUGUUUUCAUGGGUGGAGAGGAUACUGAGUCGAGAGACAUUUCCUUCGGGGCAGGAAACGUAGGAGCGGCAGUUGUCAAUACUUGCAGAGAUUGAAAUUAGAAAGUGGAAUUUUGAUUGUUCACAUAGGAUGUGUUAUUUUAACACCUGUCCCUCAGCUGUUUGCUCGGACAAGGGUAAGUAAAUGGCAACACACUGCUCUUUUUCAUUUUUAGAUACUCUUACUUUCAAUAUGGCGUCGAUUGAUCAUAUACUUUGUUGGAGUGGGACAAUUGUCAUUAUGUCGCGGGUAAUUCAGCAGAUAUUGGGCAUGAUCAUGCCCUUUGACUAUAUGCCCAGUUGUUGAACAAUUAGACAGCUAGGAUGACUGUUAUAGAGGGUUGUUAUUGGUUUUACUUAUGAUUUUGUGAUCUUUCAUUGCGCUCAGUGACGUGAACCACCUGAACAAAUUGUUCAGUCUCUGACAUUUUAUCGAAUUAUACAUAAUUACGUAAUUUAUUUUUUCUGUGCAUAAUUCAUCAAAGUACCUGUGCAUAGUUGCCCUCUUGGGUCAAAACUUCAGAAAUAUUCCAGAGGCCUUUUGGUAUGAGAAAAUUGAUUUUUUAAAUUCUCCUUUGAUUUCUUACAUCAAAAUCAUGCUUUGGAUAUAUUGAUUGAGCUUGAAUCAUUAAUAUAGUAUUUAACAAGUCUUGGGUUCUCCUCUGUAAUGUCAUGCAAUUAUUUUGACUGUGAUUCAGUUUCCUGGACAGGAGUUUGCAGCACGAAAUAUUCCAGAUUUGAGCUUCAGUCUGUGGUAUGCUGCACACUUGGUGACGAGAAAAAGGAAAAUGAGUGAGGAAAGACAGGCAGACUUUAUUUUAAAACAGAGUGUAAUAAGAUAAACAUUUUAUGCAGUUGUGCUAAAUGUUUUUUUCAUCACCCAGUUGUAUUUAGAGCUGGAAAGAUUUGUAGUACAAGCAUAAAGGCAUAUUAUGUAAGCUGACUGGAAAGCUCUAUUCAAGUGAAUGUAUAUACGUAUGUCAUGUAUUUUGAGAAGUUUGUGUGGUACGCAAGUGUUACUGGGAAAUGUCACUGCAAGUCUUGAGAGGUUGUGUUCUUGUUACUUUAUUUAUCCUGUUUUGUUGCAAUUUAUUUUGUUGUUUACUGAUCGAUCUGUUUAUUUCGUCUCAUAUGCAUUUAUGUACUAUGCAGUGUCAACUUUUUACUGUUGUCAAUGUCUGAAAUAAAUUUUCGAUAAAAAAA